ACAAAAGUUUCAUGUAUAUUAAAGAAAUUGAAUGUUUAUUUUCACUUGGAGAAAUGCUUUACUUUUCUAUGUAAAAAAAUAGACAAUAACAAAUAAAUUUUACUCAUUUUAUUUAAAUUAUUGAAACGAAACAAUCGGGUUGGCUACAAUAAGUGCGACUCUACUGAUUCGACACACCACAAUGACUAUGGAAUACAUGAGACCCCAGGAAUGGUAUCCAGGUGGAAGUCUUGCGAGAAGAGUGUCUUCAGACGAAUACUACACAGGUUUAGAAUCCGAUCAAGUGCAAUAUGAAGAAAAGGGAAGUCUUGUUAAAGGACACAAAGACAUGGGAAUGCGCCCGAGUCGGCAAAAAAAAACAACAGGCAGAAAACAAAUUAGAAGGCCCCAAGUCAUUCAGCCACCUGUAGAAGACAGGAAAAAAGAAACUUUACCCGUAAUAGGUCAUAGGACAAUGGGUUCACAUCCAAAGCGCAAAGUGAAAAAAGAAGAAAAAAAGCGUAUUGAAAGAGUUGUAGAAAUUAAGCCUAGCGAACCGACAGAAAAACCUCCAGUAAGUAAUAAAGGGAACAAAGAUUUUGCAAGUCACCUUCGUCCGCAACCCAAGAAAAGAGAAGUACCGGUCAUACGUCCAAAGCCAAUAAUUGUAGAACAAGUGAAAGAGGAAGUGAAGCCUGUCAUCGGGCAUAAAGACAUGGGUGUGCAUCCGUCUCGACAAAGACCAAAACGCCCGGUUGUUAGAGAGAAAAAAGUACCACCGAUUCCCCCACCAGAGAAAAAAGAAUCUUUUCCUGUAGUAGGUCAUAAGACAAUGAGUUCACAUCGAAAACCCUCCAAAGUAGAGUUCAAACAUCCAGAUCGUCCUAAGGUUGUUCCCAAGCCAGAGAUAAUCAAAGAACCAACUCCUGCUCCUAUAGGGCAUCGUUUAAUGCAUGUCGAAGAACCUGAGAUCAUUACUUCAACUAACCCACCAGUUGAAAAUCGUAUGUCUUAUCCGAGCCAUUACGAUCACUUGGCUAAGAAUGCGAAGGGUGAUGGGAAUUCGAUGAAGCUGUCUCUGAAUGAGCAGAAGAGAGAAAUUAAAGAAAGCCGCUCAGCGCUUUUUCAGCCUUACAAGGCAAAGAGGCACAGCGAUGCCAUUUCAAAACCGACAAAUAGAGUUGUACGACCAGAAACAAAAUUAGCAGACGAGCUGCAACAGCAUCAGAUUAAACAGCAUAAAUCAGCGCUUAACCAAUCACUGAAUAAGAACCAUAAUCAAAGUAAAAACAGAAGGAAUAAACAUAUACAGUUUAAACACUAAAGAACAUGGUUUAAAUUUAAAAAGUAUAUUUUUAAAA